UCAAACAAAUGCAAAAAAAAGAACAGCAGGAAAAGAAGAUUUUCGGUUUGUUUUUGGUUUCGUUUGGUUCACUUUCAUUUGUAUUACAACACUUUUUGCAUUAAUUUGCCGUCCGCAGUGAAAUAAUUAACCAUACAGCAUCGUUUAAUGUGACCGGAGAUAUUACUGUUCACUAUAAAGCUGCAGCGAUCGUCAAUACACGGGUGCAACAAGUGAUUUUGUGCCCGAUGGCGGAACGUACAUUACGCUGUCCGAUGAAGGCUAGAAGAAAGCUUCUAGAUUAUUAAUCUAAUUACGGAAUUAGCAGUAAGCAACCUUCUUUCCGUCUGCUGGAUAGUGAAGAUUCUGAGAUUCUUCAGGUGUGAUACAAAAAUAUGCGUAUUCGUGAUCGGUUAGGUUCUGGUCGCUUGUAACAAAAGCAUCGGUCGGUUGUGGUGCGCGGCAGUGUGGUGGCGAGGGAAAUCAUAUGACUGGCGUGCGGUCAGCACUACGUAAGCAAGCAAGCCAAGAGAUUGUUAUUGUUUGUCAUACACUUCACCCCAAAUAAUCUGACCAACCGUUUGUGACCUCCUUGAUCUAGGGAUCGUGGAACAAUUUCCGACGCCUUUAUCCGGUGUAAAUGAGAAAACUUCCUGUUGAUCGCAGUAAUUAUGGAAACUCGUCGAAACGUUCCCAUCGGUAUGCCAUCAUUGUUAUCGGACCGGUAAAUUUGUGGUCGUGUGUGAAGAAUUUUUGAAUGAAUUUUUGCCCUCCCUCGCUGCGGUCUUUGAUCGGGUCCAAUCAGCAUUCAAUCUUUGCCGUCGUCUGACGCCCGCCGAUAAGGAACCGAACUGAUGUGAAAAUGUGAACCAAUCGUCGAAAGCUUAACACCGGCACAGCACAAUCGCUACAGCAGGGGUACACGCACUGGUGUGGACGCAAUAGAUUAAACCCGACAACCACUACUACUAGUUGGCAUAAAUGUACUCUGUUCGAAGGUGGGAUACGAUACGGCGAAGUAGUCGGCGAGCGAAAUAGUACACCCGCGUGACGUUCAACUCUGGUGCGCCGGCAUUGCGCGUGCGCCAGUACAAAACCGAGGCUGGCAGUGUGGUGUACCGGCGGCGGCGGUGGCGUUGCGAUUCUGUUUGUAACUUAACUUUGCAGCGCAAAACAGCACUUUGGCCCACCCCCUCGUGUGUGUGGUCGUCAACGAAACGGCAAGCUCCCGACAGUUGCGUACGAUCGUCCAACCCGGACGGACACAUUCGCGCGGGGUUUUAGGAGCAUCCAAACGUGUUGUAAGUCAUCACCAUGCCAAACCAGGCAGCGACGUCAUUUGGCGCACUUGGUUGAAUAAUGAGAUACACUUGGAUGAAGGAAGGAUUUACACAAAAGCAGGAUCGUGCGUACACAGUCAAAGUUCAAACGUGUUAUAGAGCUAAAACGCAUUGUGAUGGAAAAUGAUCUGCCGAUCUUAAGAGAACCCGUUGACAAAACGUGCGUAUGUGUGCGGGAGCGCAACAAGUGUUCCAUUGUGGUAAAGAAAUAAGCUUGCUGUAUGUACCAUAACAGAAAAAUCGAAAAUGUGAAUACAAGCAUAGGAAAACAGUGUGCAAAUUUGUGCUGUGCUCAAAGUGCAUCGGCGCCCGGGUAUCGAUCGUGCAGCAGAAAGCAUCGGUUGUGAAUUUUUGGUGAAGCAAUUUACAUGCAAUAGUAAUUACUCGGACGCGUGUGGAAGCUGACAGUUGGAAGGUUGAGAGGCAGUAAGGGAAGAAGGGAGGUUGCAGCUACUGCAUCGAUUCGUUUGUCGCGUGGUGGUGCAUGCAAUCGAAUCGAGCCAGUCGCCUUUUUGGACUAUAAAUAUAUGAUGGCCCUGUUCAACAAGCUGCUAUUCAACAAGAAAAGAAAUACUAGCUCAUCGUCGCAGAAAACAAGCCCCGGACAGUUCCCGUUCAGUGCAGAUCAGGUUCGAAUCUUGGUAUUCAAGGAGUGUGAUAUUCGUGGCAGAAAGCUCCUGUUCGACUCCAGCACCGUCGAGAAGGUUUCGUCCGAUAGUAAUAGUGCGGCAGCUGCUGCCGCAUUUGCCAGCGAUCAUCAUCCAUCGUCCGUACCGCAGGUGCAAAAGUGCGAACACUGUAAUGUCGUCUAUCGGGUACGUAAGCAAAAUGAUCCCCGCAAUGAGGCGAAGACAGAGAUCAAACAGUUUGAAGAGAUGGUGUUCGGCUCGGCACCGAUCGCGUUCCGUGGUAGCAGCUUUAAGGUACAUUGGCUGAAGGCACCGAAGACGCUAAUGUGCUCGCUCGUGUUCCCAACACCGGUGUACAGCGGUACGAAGAAAUCGUCCGUUUCCACCUAUCCCGGGUCGGAACUGUUCAUCAACAGUGGAGGCAGUGGCACUGGCAGCACCGGGGCCGUUGGUGGUAAUGGUGUUGACUACAAUCCUUCCGUGAGCGAUCUCAGCUCAAUCGGUACGGGAUCGUUACAUUCGUUUACGGUGACGUCCUCUACCGCUACCCAGCAUGAUCCAUCGAUGUUGCACCGAUUGCGGCCAGUAUUGCCGGCAGAGUUCUGCAAUUUCGAUCGGUUUGCCGAUCUACGCCACUCGUCUAACAGUGGUGUCGAUUCUGGUUACGGCGGUACCGAUCCGUGGGGUCUUUCCGGCUCUGGUUCAUCGCGUCAUCCAGCCUCAUCUUCCCACCGUAGCAGCCUUUCCUCGAUCUAUAGCGAUUUUGAUUACAUCCGGCGCAUGAGCACGGAUAACUUUAGUAUGGACAUUCCACCGCCGCCGAACUGUGUCAGUUUGGAGGAUUGUCACUCGUACGGUAGCUUUCAUCGGCGAGUUUCCAAGAAUCUUUCGACGUCGUUCGAAAAUCGUCACACGAUCGCCGAUCACGUCGGCCAUCUGGAUGAGCUGGGCCAGAUGUUGGCGGGUAAUGGUGUGGGUCCGCCACACACGCCAACAAAUGCCACGGCUAGCGAUGGCUGUGUGGUAUCGCGUAACCGGCGCAACAGUGAAAUAAUGGACCUGAACCGGCGGAAGGCUUACAGUGGUGAGCUGCUGUCGACGGCUACAAACUACCAGGGCAAAGCGCCCAGCAAAAAGCAACGGCUUGGUUUAGCCGUUUGCAUUCGAUUGAAUGAUGUGAUGCUGCAGGACACGGAUACGUUCUGUUCCGAGCAUAUGACCGUGUUCGAAUCGAUCCUGUGUCGGGUACGAUUGGCCGUGGAAAAAGCGUACAUUCGUUGGCGAUUAUUUUUGCAGAUCAUGCUGGGAGCAUGGCAUUCGACACAACAGUGGCUAAACGAUCUCUUUACGGCACCGCGAAUAAAUAAUCCCGUCUGGUUGACGCUCAGCAGCAGUACUCUAACCGAUCGUAACUUAUCCUCGUUGGCCAGCACAUUCAUGAACGAUCUGUGCUCAUUGCUGUCGUUGGCCGAUACAAAGGACACAAACUUUUUCAUCAGCACCCUGAUCACUGCUGUUUUGACGCAUCAUCUCGGGUGGGUAGGAACGAUAGCAGCGAUGACCGCUACGGAUGAUGCGAACAGCAAGCUGGACCUUAUAAGGCGCGAAAAGACACGCAUGAACGAAAUUACCGCCAACCAUCCGUACAGUGUGCUUUGGGCCCAGCUGGGUGAUCUUUACGGUGCCGUCGGUUUCCCGAUGAAGCUGUCGAAAACGAUCAUUUGCGGUAGUUCGCAGCUGAGCAACAUGCUGGAUAAAAUACUUAACGUGUUAUCGUACUUUAUACGCUGUUCCGAGAUUAAACGCACCGUUUAUGUCGAGUCGUUCGAUGAAGCGAACGUCCGUACGGCAUUCGUGUCGCAGCGUGCCAAUAUUAAUAAUGCAGUUCAUGUUGAAGAUGUCCCACCGGCGGACACAAAAGUGAACGUAGCUGAACAACCGAUUGGUUUGCUUGAAGCAACAGGUCAACAGCUGCUACGUUCUGCCUCAUCCGGAAUGGUUCGUUCGGCGACUAGGAUGAAAAAUUUAGCAUCUUUGGGUGGAGACGGUGAUCAGGAUAACUCGAAACAUGCGACUGCUGGCGAGUCAACUUCCAACGCGGGCAAUGAAGAGGUACAGAAAGCGUUGAAGAAAAACGUGAUGAAUGACAUUCCAAACGUGCUGGUGUACCGUGAUUCGCGGUUCGUCCGGCAAGAGCUCCGAAUAGGGAACAAAAGCAUGGACACGGGACUGGUGAUGAAUGCGCGGGAAAAGCAAUACCUUGAGGCACGCUAUCAAAUCGGCAAGGUGGCAUUGCUUCACACACAGCCUCAAUCGGCCGAGGCGGAGCUGGCACAGGAAGCACUCGUGCUGGACGGGAAUGAGCAUCGUACAAUGGACGAUGCAGAUGAUCGUGAGUCGGUUCGUUUGUCCUAUCUCAUCACCGAAAACAGUCUCGGACAGGUGGGAACGACGGAAGCACCCGACUCACAGCAACGCCUUAUAUGGGGUGUAGAGAAGACGAAGGAAGGCAUUGCGUUCGAGCAGCUUAAAUAUAUCAGCCUGUUGCGAGGAGACUACAAGGUGCAAAAGGAUACGGUCAACGAUAGCGGCAGUGAAUUGAAGAGCGGAAACAACAACAACGAGGUCGUAUUUGUGCUCGGUGAGAACGAAAUGUUGAAAGACAUUCAUCGGAAGACGACCGGCAGUGGACAGGAUGUUGCAGAUGUACUUACACCGCUAGGUAUGGUGCAACCGCUCAAACACUGUUGCCAGCAAAAAUUUAGCAGCUUCGACAAAUACCGACAGAUUGCGGCAAAGUUUCUGAAAAAUCGCAAUCUUCCCGACAAUCAUCUGCUCGAGCGAGGCAAGCUACUAUCAACUGAGGAGGCGGGAUUGGUUUCUCCGCUUUCGGAACUAUCGUUCGAAUUUAUUGAUCAACAAGGUAAGAACGGUCCAACCGAGUGUGCGAUCUGCCAUCAGAUACCGACGAUCUUCUGUCUGCAAACACCAACGAACGCGUCGGAGAUGGAAUUUGUUGGGGAUUUCUCGGACGGUAACCAUCGGCCGUGCUGGAAGGAACGAACACUAUCGGAACAGUUGGCGGGAGAGGAAGUAGCCGGUGCGGCGUCAGAUCAUCCAUCGAAGCCAGCGAUGCGAGAGAACAUUCCGCUUAUUGUACUUCCGGGUCAUACGAUGGCUACACUGGACGAGAACGAUGAGCUGCGGGUAAAACAUCCAGGGAGUAUUUUGAAGCUUAUCGAUAUUCCCUUUCCCAAGGGAAUGCGAACCUCUGCUAGCGGACCGGGGAAUGACGAAAAUAAUAACAGCAACGGUGCAGGUUCGGGAUGUUCCAGCGGUGGUAGCGGUCACGGUGGUGGGAACGGUAGCAAUGCAGGCGGAGGUAGUGGUAGCAACAGUGGAACCCACCAUCACCAUAUGCUGGAUUCCGGUAGCACGGGUAACGAUAAGACUGACAAAGGUUUGCGAUGUUUUCGAACCGGUUUCAUGCCGUCUCUGUUUAGUCGCAUAACCGAUCACUACAUGCCGGAUAUGGUGCUGCAGGCCACGACAGCACCGCCAAGCCAGUGGGAAGCAUCGCUAAAGCGCGAUCUUCAUCUAGCCGCUCGGUUCACUCUGUACGAACAGCAACACACGGAGAAUAAUGCAAUCAUUGCCAAUCUGGACACGCACGAGGUGCGAUUGCUUUCUUCUCAAUCGCUCGUUGACGGUGAUAUCAUUGGUAUGUCGCAGCUAGUAUCUUCCAUGCUCGAGGCGGUUAAUGCUAUGUGGUCAGCUGGAAUCUCCGCGUAUCAGUGUAUGGCCUUUAUGGAAUCGAAGCUACGCGAACUCUACCUACAGUCGGAAACUCUCGCUAGCGUUAUGUUGGCCACAGACUUUUGCACGAUGAGCUCGAUCACUACCGCUAUGGAUAUCACUGCCAACGAUAUGGAGCUGCUGCUAUCCGUUGCAUCCGUACAUACGCCCGAAGCAACCAAACGGUACCGCGUUUUGAUGCGUUAAGCAUCCAUCCCAUCACACAGAAAGGAACCAAGUGUAAACAGAAGAAACAACAAACAAACAAGAGCUUGAGCUUUUGCGUAAUGCAAAUGUGAUAUUAGGUUUAAUUAUCUGUCGGUAGGAAGAAAGCAACAUACGCCAUUAUAGAGGACGUAAUACGAAGGGAAAGUGAAGCCAAUUGGAAGAAGGACACGUAGUGCCCCAGAUGAGAACUUUAAACCAUUGAACGAACCGUUUACGAAGUAUCGUACCUUGGGGAUGCAGUAAUGUUGCAUCUUUCAAUCUAGAUUCCCUUGCGGGUCUGUAUGAUGAUAUUUGCAAAUGCUCUCUCUCUCUAUAUCUUUCUCACUCCCUUUCUUUGCGGAACCUCCUUUAUUGUCAUAUCGUUAAGGGAUAAAGUUAAACUUUAGCAAAUGGCAGAGAGUACAAAACGCUUUUGCCCGGUGUUGUGAUUAAAAACAUAGCAUGUGUUUAGAACUUAGAUCAUGCACAUUCAGUUGCAGAGCAAUAUAGUUUCCACCGAAGCCAAACGCAUCGCUACGAACGAUGUGUCGCAAGGAUGGGAACCGUUCGAGGUUGUGACCAUUCGUGUUUAGUAUAAGUGGCGGACAAACUUAGUAAAGCAAGUGUGCGACUACAUAUCCCAUGUAGGUUUGCAGCCCAGAUUGAACGUGUUAGAAGACCUUUCGAUAUUUGUCGUUAGCAGACCGUUAGCCAUAAAUGGCCAGUGAAAGAUGAGGUAUUUAUUGAAACUGAAUUUGCAAUAAAAUCAUAGUAAAGAAAAUGGAAAGCA